AAAUAAGAGCCUCGUCGAAUCGAACGCUAGGAUGGAGGCAAAGGUGCAGGAGGUCGAACAGUAUGGCGCGACCAUUGAAGACAAGUCUGAGAGCGAGGUGAUGAAGGCUAAGGACUUGAGUGACUACUGGUGGCAUCUCUACCAUAACGAGGCUGUCCCGACUACAGAACGCUUACACGCCGAGAUUGCCGCCCUCAAAGCAGAAAAGGGUGAGCAGCACUUUGUUGAGCCAGCUCCACCUAUGAAUCCGGUCGUUUUCGACCGGAAGAUGUUGCCGUGCGCUGCCAUGAACGGUCUUGCAGGCGUUCCGGCUCAUUUGAUCACUUCGGCUGUGUGCGAUGCUGAGGGCGUUACACAUCUCUCGGCGACCAUAGAAGCUUUGCAAACGCUACGACCUCAAGGUUGGCAACCCGUAGUCGUUGCGGGCAAAGUCUGGCUAUCGAAGAUAGUGAAGCCAUUGGUGGAGGAUGAUGCCGUGAUGCAGAUCCAGAUUGGCCAUCACAACGGAGAUCUGAGUAGCACAGGCCCUGGACAAUUCUCGAUGAGCGACACGUACAGGUCACGCAACACUCAGAUUCCUACCAACUCCAUGGCAUACAACGGCCUGUCGACGCAUCGUUUGAAACUGCUGGCACUGUUUCUGACGAACACUUCGAGCAAACAAGCGCAAGAUCCUGUCAUUCCGAAGCGCGGCAACCAAGUUGCUGCUAGACGCGAAGCAAGGCGGCCGACUACAAAGCAAGCGCUAAAGUCAAAGCCUCAAGCGGCAUACCGGACUGCGCAGGCUUCCACCAUGGACAAAUCACGAGUUCCUGAGUGGCGAGCAUCGUGGCUGAAGAUUGAUAGCAGGAUGACACGUGAAGCGUGGGAAGAUGAAGACCUUGACGACGAUUUCAAAGUCAACUGGGUCAGACUCUACGUCACGAAGAAAGAUGAUUAAACCACUGGAGACGCGGCUUGUUGCACUCAACAGAUAGUCUUCAUUGUUUGGAUGCGACGAAGACAGAUGGAGUAACUAAUGGGUGGCGAUGCGGUGCGAUGAAGUAACCUGGACCGCCGCAUGAGGCAGCAACUGCGCGUCCGUAGUAUGCAAAGUAUAUGUACAAGGUAACAGCUGUGAAUGAGUAGAGGUACACAGAGAUGCGCGAAAUUUGGGAGACACCUAUGGUAGAAUGGGAUUGUGAAUGGCCAGGGAAGGAUGACGGGCAAGGUGGCAUUCACGGGGGAUGUUUCUGCCCGCCCAUGUUCGCGCUAGAUCCUUCGGGUAGGACCUGACAAUCCGGGAAUGACACACAUGUUGACUGGCGUUUGACAUGUCAACGCUGUUUCGUCUCUUAGAGCCAAC